AUGCAUGUGUUCAGGUACUUCAUUGUAAUUGACGGUUUGCAACAAGAAGAAGAUUGGGACUUCCUGAGGAAUGUCUUCCCUCAAAAUGAGAAAAGUAGCAGGAUAGUUGUGAGCACAAGUGUCCAACGUGUCGCUAAGUACUGCAGCUCCAGCACUAGUUUCGUGUACAAAAUGGAAGGUCUCGACAAUGAGGAGACUAAGAAACUGUUCUGGCAAGAAGUUGGAGUGCCGAAUGCUGCCGAUUCGUUGAAACAACUUGCACAAGGCAUCUGUAACGGAUGCCACGGUUUACCCCUCGCAGUGGUCAGUGCAGCCAAGUAUUUGAGACCCAUAUGGACAGAACUGAAACAGAGUGACUGGGACCGCGAGGCUCUCGCGCUAGGUAACCGCGUAACAGGCCAGGGCGAGCAACCUGCCUUUGCAGAACUGAAAAAAAUCCUCGUGGAAUGCUUCGACGGCCUAACCUGCCACCGUGUCAAGACUUGCUUGUUGUCUGUUACAAUGUUCCCCAAGGGUCACCCCAUCAAGAGGAAAAGCUUGUUCCGGCGGUGGAUAGCUGAAGGCUUCGUGGAGCAUGACGGGCGACUGGAUAAGAACGCCGCUUGCCAUGAACUCUUCCGGGAGCUGAUCGAGCGCCACCUCGUGGAGCCAGUGGAGAGCAGCAGAGAGAAUCUGGUGCCGGCAGCCGAAGUGAAGAUGUGUCAGGUUCACGGUGUGUUGCUUGACUUUCUUCUCAGCGAGUCCCUCCGUCGGAACUUCACCGACCUCAUCCGCAACAAUGUGCCUGUUCAAGCCGCACGCGGAGGCAUCCGUACCCGUCGGCUCGCCGUCCACACGGACGACGACUGCAGGGUUGGUGCACCCUGCGACGUUGACCUCAAACGUUACUCCUUCAUCAGGUCAUUGACGAUCGUGAACAGCGCCUUUAAGGACUUGCUGGAGAGCGAGUUCCUCCGGGUGCUGGAUCUGGAGGGCUCCAAAGGCAUCGACGAACAAGCGCUAUGCAAAAUCUUCCAGCUGAUACACCUCAAGUACCUCAGCAUCAGGGCCACGGACUGCUGCAGAAUUCCCAAGAGGAUCAGGAGGCUACAUCAGCUUGAGACUCUGGACGCCCGGGACAGCAACGUCAGGGAACUGCCGAUUGAGGUCCUCCUCCUGCCGCGGCUUGCCCACCUUUUCGGCGAGUUUCAACUCCCCAGUGAGCUAUGCAGCAAGAAGAAGAUCCCGAUUACAGGCAAGGACGUGGAGAGAGUUUUCAAGAGCAGCAACAGCAAGCUGGAGAGUGUGGCAGGGUUCCUCGUGGACGACCGCCAAGGUUUCCAACAUAUUAUGCUCCACAUGCACAAUCUCAAGAAGGUUAAGAUGCGGUGGGGGAGCACGAGCACGGCCCCAACCCAAGAUUUGUCUGGCCUUCUUGCCGACUCCCUGCGGAGGCGAUUUGGGCUCGAGUGCCUAUCAAUUGAUUUUGGUGAGCACUCGCUAGAUUUUAUGAACCCCCUGUCAUAUUCAGAAACUUGCUUGCUCAAAUCCGUCAAGCUGCGCGGAAGCCUCAGCGAGGGUCUACCGGGCUUCAUGUGCAAGCUGGAAUAUCUCUCAGAGCUUCAUCUUUUCUCCACUGGCCUUGACAGCGAGGCCCUCUCGGCCCUGGAACAACUAAGUCACUUGGAGCACCUGCAGCUCGAAGAGGUCAGUGACAGAUUCGGGAGCUGCACCUUCAGUUUGGCGGCAGGCAAAUUUGAGAGACUCAAGCGACUCAUCAUCGAUGCCCCCAAGCUUCCACAGGUGACUGUCGCAAAUGGAGCCAUGGCUGUCCUCACCACCCUUGAACUACUUUGCCAUGAUGUAACGGGGUUUGCAGCUACGGGCAUCUCACGCCUUGGAUCUCUUAGUGAGGUCGUACUACUCAAAAGUCUCAAAUCUUGUGACCCUGGCACCUGGUCGAGGUGGGAGGCGGAGGCCAAGAAGCACAAGAAAAGGCCAAGAAUUUCGUUCUGUGAUAGUAGCAACCGACAACAGCGACAAGCAGCUGCAGUGAGGCAGCAAAAGUCUGGAAGCAAGUGGAGGAUGCUACCACGUUAG